AAGCACACGAGCGUUUCUGCAUUUCGCCUCCAUCGAAAUUUAUUGCAGAUCGCAAGAGGACAGAAUUCCGUAUGAUCCGAGGCAUCCAGGAUUAUGUCAUCAACGUUGUGCCCAGAUACACAGAUACACAAUUCAAGGAGCACUUCAGGAUGGACAGAAGCACUUUUGAGGUCCUGCUGCAGAUCACGCAGGAGCGACUCACCAUUGAAAGGACACCAAGGAUACCUCUCCAUACAAAGGUGCUAAUGGCUCUGUGGCUGCUUGGCAACCAAGAGUCAUUCCGAGGUGUUGCCGACCGUUUUGGGGUCAACAAGGGCCUGCUGCACUACGUUGUUAACAACAUCAUUGAACUCUGGGCAGGUGCAGCACCGGACUUUAUCCAGUGGCCUUUGUCACUGCAGGAUGUAGCCAAUGAAUUCUACCAAAAGUGGCGGUUUCCUGGAGUUGUCGGUGCUGUGGAUGGUUGCCAUAUCGCUAUCAAAGCCCCAGAGAACGAGCAGGAUGCUUAUUAUAACAGGAAAGAGUUCCACUCAAUCAUCCUGCAGGGGUGCUGUGAUAGCAAUAUGGCAUUCACCCAUGUGCACGCAGGCUCUCCAGGAAGAAUGCACGAUGCCAAGGUUUUCAGUGCAUCAGGCCUGGACAAGCUGGUAGAGACCUUACCAGCAAACUUCCAUAUUCUUGGCGACUCGGCCUAUGCACUGUCUGUCGGACUCAUGAGGCCGUACAGGAAUAAUGGCCAUCUAAGUUCACAAGAAAUAAAAUUCAAUGAAAGACUAGGCGCAGCAAGAUCAGUGAUUGAGCGUGCAUUCGCACAGCUAAAAGGCAAAUUCAGGCGACUGAAAUAUCUUGACAUGAAAGGCACUGCACUCAUCAGUAAAUAUGUGCUGGCAUCAUGUGUUUUGCACAACAUCAUACUUAUGUCGAAGGAUUCCUUUGAUUGUGAGAGCAUGGAGGAGGAAGGUGAUGAUGACGAUCCAUCUUUUGAUGGGAACUCAACAGGAGUUUCAGAGAGCAGGGGCGCACUUAAGCGCCGAGCAGUAAUGUUGGCUUUGUAGAAAACAGGCAUGAAAACAGAUACUGGCAGCUUCACCAUUUACACAUGUUUGUAUUAACCACUGUUUAUUGCAUUUUGGUACAAAAUAAUAGUCAUAACAAAAAACAUUUCAUGUACUGCCCUUGCACAUUUUUAUGUCAAUGUGAAUUGUAGGUAUAAAUAAAACACUUAUGAAACUGACUACUUGCACCUCUAGCGUAAAGCAAAAUAUGAACACAAAUGACACUGCUUCGUGUGUGUGACUAGUGUUUGUACUUCAAAUAGCAUUGCUCUCUCGUGUAUUUCCAUCGAGAUGUGCAGCAACAUACAUGGGAACAGGUGAUUAGCCUGUAUAAAAGUCUUCAAAUCCUUACAAGAUAUAUGAAUUGUUGGUAUAAAUAAAACACUUAUGAAACUGAGUACUUGCACCUCUAUCGUAAAGCAAAAUAUGAACACAAAUGACACUGCUUCGUGUGUGUGACUAGUGUUUGUACUUCAAAUAGCACUGCUCUCUCGUGUAUUUCCAUCGAGAUGUGCAGCAACAUACAUGGGAACAGGUGAUUAGCCUGUAUAAAAGUCUUCAAAUCCUUACAAGAUAUAUGAAUUGUUGGUAUAAAUAAAACACUUAUGAAACUGAGUACUUGCACCUCUAUCGUAAAGCAAAAUAUGAACACAAAUGACACUGCUUCGU